UGUGUUUGUGUUUGUAACAGAACGUCAUCCGUGUCCCAGAGUUAAUAGCACGCUCGCCCACACACAAAGUACUCGCAGUCAUCCCCACCCCUUUCAUUGGAAGUCUGCAGCCGCCUACCUUGUUCCCGUCACCUCUCGCGAGAUAGGCCGAGGUUUCCGGUGUUGUGAAUGUCUCCCAGCCGCGCAUCAUGGCGGUCAGCAUCCGCGCCCGCUCCCUCCGGCACCUCAGGCUAAGAGGUCGGAAUGACAGCGGGGAGGAGAACGUUCCAUUAGACCUCAGUAGAGAACCAAGUGAUAAUUUGAGAGAGAUUCUACAAAAUGUGGCCAAACUGCACGGAGUCUCUAACAUGCGAAAGCUGGGCCACCUGAACAAUUUUAUUAAGCUUCUAUGCAACGUUGGCCAUAAUGAAGAAAAAUUAGGUUUUAUGUAUGAAGACAUUAUUAUAUGUUUGCGAUUAGCUUUGUUAAAUGAAGCAAAAGAAGUGCGAGCAGCUGGUCUCCGGGCUCUUCGAUAUCUUAUCAGAGAUUCCAGUAUUUUACAAAAGGUGCUGACUUUGAAAGUUGAUUACUUGAUAGCCAGGUGCAUAGAUAUACAACAGAGUAAUGAAGUUGAGAGGACGCAAGCGCUUCGGCUAGUCAGAAAGAUGAUUACUGUGAAUGCUUCCUUAUUUCCUAGCUCCAUAACCAAUUCCUUAAUAGCCGUUGGAAACGAUGGCCUUCAGGAGAGGGACAGACUGGUGCGAGCCUGCAUUGCUAUAUUGUGUGAACUAGCACUUCAGAACCCAGAAGUGGUGGCGCUGAGAGGUGGACUGAGCACUAUCCUGAAAAAUGUGAUUGACUGCCAGCUGAGUCGCAUCAACGAGGCUCUCAUCACCACCAUUCUGCACCUUCUUAAUCACCCAGACACACGGCAGUAUGUGCGCGCUGAUACUGAAUUAGAGCAAAUUCUAGCACCAUACACAGAUUUUCACUACAGACACAAUCCAGACACUGCUGAAGGACAGCUGAAAGAGGAUAGAGAAGCCCGAUUCCAAGCAAGCAAACUGGGAAUUGUAGCAGCAUUCCGUUCAUGGGCAGGUAUUAUUAGCUUGUGCAAGCCAGGCAACUCUGGGAUCCAGUCGCUAAUUGGAGUUUUUUGUAUACCAAACAUGGAGAUACGGAGAGGUCUACUUGAGGUACUUUAUGAUGUUUUUCGCCUCUCUGUUCCCGACGUGACUAAGGAAUUUACAGAAGCCCUUUUGAGUGUUGAUCCAAGUAGGUUUCAGGAAUCCUGGAGACUUUCUGAUGGGUUUGUUGCAGCAGAGGCUAAAACAAUUCUUCCACACAGAGCACGCUCAAGGCCUGAUCUUAUGGACAACUAUUUGGCGCUGUUAUUAUCUGCUUUUAUUACAAAUGGUCUAUUGGAGGGAUUGGUUGAAGUCAUAACCAGCAGUGAUGAUGAUGUUUCUAUCAGAGCAACAAUCAUCCUUGGGGAACUCUUGCAUAUAGCGAACACAAUCCUUCCUCAUUCCCAUAGUCAUCACUUGCACUGUUUACCGACGCUAAUGAACAUGGCUGCAUCGUUUGACAUCCCAAAGGAGAAGAGACUACGAGCCAGUGCAGCUUUAAAUUGCUUAAAGCGCUUCCAUGAAAUGAAGAAACGAGGCCCUAAACCGUACAGCCUCUACUUGGAUCACAUUGUUCAGAAAGCAGUCACAUCCCACCAUAAAAAGGAUCAACAUCAACGUCUGCAGAAAGAUAUAUUUAUUCUGAAGGACUCCGAAGAGGCGUUGGUGAUGAACCUGAAAGACUGCCAAGUUCUGAAUCACAAAGAAAACCUUGAGUGGAAUUGGAAUCUCGUAGGGACCGUAUUGAAGUGGCCAAAUGUAAAUUUAAGGAACUGUAAAGACGAGCAGCUGCACAGGUUUGUUCGGAGACUACUGUAUUUUUACAAGCCCAGCAGCAAGCUCUUUGCCAAUUUAGAUCUGGACUAUAGCAAGGCUAAACAACUGACUGUAGUCGGCUGCCAGUUCUCAGAGUUCCUUCUGGAAUCUGAAGAAGAUGGGCAAAGUUACCUUGAAGACCUGGUGAAAGACAUUGUGCUCUGGUUAAGCUCAUCAUCUGGAAUGAAAUUGGAGCGAAGCUUGCAGAACAAUGGCCUCCUAAACACACUCAGCCAGCACUACUUUCUGUUUAUUGGUAAUCUGUCCUGCCACCCGCAUGGUGUCAAAAUGCUGGAGAAAUGCAAUGUAUUUCAGUGUCUUUUGAAUCUCAGCUCCCUGAAAAACCAAGACCACUUGUUAAAGUUGGCCAUCUCCUGUCUGGACUACAGCCGAGAUGGGCUGGCCAGAGUCAUUCUUUCCAAAACCUUGACGGCAUCCACCGAUAGCUGCCGUCUGUAUGCAACAAAGCACUUGCGAGUCCUUCUGAGAGCCAAUGUUGAGUUUUUCAGUAACUGGGGGAUUGAGCUACUGGUGACCCAGCUGCAUGAUAAAAGCAAAAAUAUAUCUUCAGAAGCUCUGGACAUCUUGGAUGAGGCCUGUGAAGACAAGGCCAAUCUCCAUGCUCUGAUCCAAAUGAAACCAGCACUCUCUCAUCUUGGAGACAAGGGUCUUCUCCUACUACUUAGAUUCAUGUCCAUUCCUAAAGGAUUUUCUUAUUUAAAUGAGAGAGGUCAUGUAACUAAGCAGCUGGAAAAAUGGCAGAAGGAAUACAAUUCAAAAUACGUAGAUUUGAUUGAAGAGCAGUUAAAUGAAGCUCUCACCACUUAUCGCAAGCCUGUUGACGGUGACAACUAUGUUCGCCGAAGCAAUGAAAGACAGCAGCGUCCUCAUGUUUAUUUACCUGUUCAUUUGUAUGGGCAGCUGGUCUACCAUAAGACUGGUUGUCAUCUUCUGGAAGUUCAGAAUGUUGUCCCAGAUCUGAGCUACACUGUCCGAUCGCCAUCAUUAGACAAAUGGGAUGGAGUAAAGCAGCUGAAAGCAGCCCUCUGGGCACUGGGCAACAUUGGGUCUUCAAACUGGGGACUUAAUUUACUUCAAGAGGAGAAUGUGAUCCCUGAUAUUGUAUCGCUAGCUCAGCAUUGUGACGUUCUCUCCAUAAGAGGGACGUGUGCGUAUGUCCUUGGCCUGCUCAGCAGAACAAAGCAAGGUUGUGAUAUCCUAAAGCAACACAACUGGGAUGCAGUAAGGCACAGUCGCAGACAUCUUUGGCCAGUGGUCCCUGAUGAUAUGGAGCAGCUGUGCAAUGAGCUUUCUUCAGUCCCAAGCACGCUUAGCUUGAACUCUGAGUCGACUAGUUCUCGACAUAAUAGUGAGAGUGAACCUGCCUUUCCCAGUAUGUUCAUCAUCGAGGACGAAAGAUUUGCAAAUUCUUCUACAAACUCCUUCUUCUUCAACGAGGAGCCCGAGCAGACCUUUUAUGAUAAACCCUUGAAAGACAAAGACCGCAGCCCGUUCACGCUCCUUGCUCAGAGUAAGUUUGUGAAGAACCGGUUCUUAAAUUCGCUCACCCUUCCGAGCAAGAAAAUUCGCAGCAGUAGCAGCAGCGACCCUAAAGGAAACAAGCUCCUUCCAGAAAGCAAACAAGGCUUGAGAAGGAACAGGACCAUCACAGACCCUUGCAGCCACGCAGAUUAUAACUCGAUGGACAGCUUAGGCUCCGUCUUCAAAGUUCCCAAAGUAAACCCCCGACUAGAGGUAUCUUCUGUCAACAGAAAUGCUGAUGACUCUGGCAGCACCCCCAGUAUUACAGAAAACGACCUAAAGCUUCCAAAAUAUCUGGGGAAUGAAAUUCAUAGAGACCAUACAAGCAGAGAAAGACUUAUAGGUGAUGGCUCUACUAACAGCCACUUUAAGAGCCGCAGCCUGAGUUUCAAUACAGACACCACGACAAGUGGUAUAAGCUCUAUGAGCUCAAGCCCUUCCAGAGAGACUGUGGGAAUAGACACUACAACCCUUGAUACUGAGUGCGGGAGCUUAAGUACAGUAGUAAGCACCAAAACUGUUAAGCUAAGCCACCCGACCGUACUGCACCUGCCUCUUUCUAAAUCCAAUUCCGUGUCUCUGGUACCUCCCGGCUCUGCCCACACACUUCCUAGAAGAGCACAAUCCCUUAAGGCCCCUUCAAUUGCCGCCAUAAAGAAUUUAGCGGACUAUAACUUCAGUUACACAAGUUCUCGGGACGCUUUCGGUUACGCCACAUUAAAGCGCAUUCAGCAGCAGCGCAUGCAUUCUUCACUGUCGCACUCUGAAGCUUUAGCUUCUCCGGCCAAAGAUGUUCUUUUCACCGAUACCAUAACUAUGAAGACAGGGAGCUUGGACUCUAGAUUAACGUCGAGCAGGUUUAUGAAAGCGUUAAGUUAUGCUUCGUUAGACAAGGAGGAUUUAUUAAGCCCUAUUAACCAGAAUACACUUCAGCGGUCUUCAUCGGUACGCUCCAUGAUAUCGAAUGCUGCUUACGGAAAUUCAGAUGAUUAUAUAGGCCUCGCUCUCCCAAUGGACAUCAAUGACAUGUUCCAGGUGAAGGAAAUUCCUUAUUUCCAGAAGACGGUGCCUCCCAGUGAAGAGCGAGCAGCUAAAAUGUUUGCACCUGAAGUAGGAGGCAUCCAAGGAUCCGGGGUGAAAAGUCCGUACCAGGCCUUGCGUCAGCAGUUCAGCAUUACGGAGAUAAUGAACUCGAGUCGUUCGGAUGCCUCACAGUUUCUAGAGAAUACAGAAGACACGGGGCUGCAGGAGCACACUGAUGAUAACUGCCUGUACUGUGUUGGCAUUCACUUAAUGGGUUACAGCCAGUCAAAUCAGUUCAAUGAAUAUAGCCGUUUAGACUUUCCCGACAUUCCACAUUCUGACUGGUGCGCUCAUACUAUCCCCAAUCACUUAGAGGUGGUAUCCCAUUCUUCCAAGUGUUCUGGGAUAUCAGGGUGUAGUGAUGUUGUGUCCCAGGGCUCGGCAAGCAGUGACAAAAGUACAGAGUUAGUUCUAGGUGGCAAAUCAAUUCCCGAAGAUACACCUGUUUGCAGAAUAUUACUCCGGAAAGAGGUCUUAAGACUUGUAAUUAACCUGAGUAGCUCCGUAGGAACGAAAGGCCAUGAAACUGGGCUCUUAACGAUUAAGGAGAAGUUUCCUCAAGCUUUUGAUGACAUUUGCCUCUAUUCUGAGGUUUCCCACUUAUUAGCACAUUGCACAUUUCGACUCCCCUCCCGGAGAUUUAUUCAGGAGCUCUUUCAAGAUGUUCAGUUUCAGAUUAUGCAUGAAGAGGCAGAGGCUCUCCUAGCAGUGACCCCAAAGCCCAUGGUAAUAAGUACAGAACCAGAAUCCUGACCUGCAGUCGCGUCUGAAGGCUGAGAAUGACUUUGUCUGAUGAAGCAGACAGACAGACAGACAGACGGAGGGGCACGUCCUGUUCCAGUGCAAAGUGAUACCUGCCGAACGUCGAUGCACCAACCUGCUUCUCCCUGUGAAUUUCUGCGGUAUCCUGAUAUCCGUAUAUAUAUCUAUGUAUGCAAGAGCCCAGCACUGAAACGCCUGCACCUGUUCACCUGUAAAUAACCAAUCGGAAACCUCUUGCACAGGAAAUUCCGACUCCUUCGCCGUUCUCUGUGAGCGACUUCUCUACGGACACAUGGGUAGUACUUACCUGCAUGUCCCUUCCAUUCAGCGGAGACUUGCCAUGUUGUAUAGGGACAGCUCAGGGACAAUGACCCUGUCAUGUAUUUUUAAAACACUACUUGGAAAUAAUGUAUUUGACCUUGUUUUUUUUA